GCCGCCCCUCGCUCGCACACCCCGGCGGCCCGUCCGCAUGGCCGAUCCCCCGGCCCCCGGCCCCUGGCGCAGCUGACGGGCUGGGCCGGGCGCCCGCCGCGCUCCGAGCCGGGAUCCGAGCCCGCCCGGGCUCCGGGAGCGCCGCGCCCUGCGCCGCCGCACAGCCUGGGAGGACGUCCGUCGGAGACCACAGCACCAUGCCUGAGGGAGCUCGUCGGGGCAGCAACAAGAAAACAGGCAAUCAAGUGGUCGCCAGACCAUCCUCCGUGUCCUCGCUGAGCGGGAUUGCCGGCAGUAUGGCUGCUGCCACCAUCUCGGGCAGCUGCACCUCGGUCAACACGGUGUGCUCGGAUGGCGAGCGGCCCGUCAGCCUCAGCUCUUCCGCGUCCUCCGCCUCCCUGCCCGACAGCCAGAGCGCCUUCGGCAGCAGCGGGGCCUUGGGCGGGGGCUGCCCCGCCGGCUACCCCCCCGACGCCCAGCAGAACGGCAGCGACAUCAGCCUCGACCUCACCCCCGUGGCGCUGCUGGAGGGGUCGGCUGAGGCCGAGCGGCCCCCGGGGGGCGCCAAGCGGGGCGGUGCCUGGUCCCCCGGGCCUGCCAGAGCCAGGGAAUGGCGGGUCAAGCUGUCCCAACUGGACCGGGUGGUGCUGGAGAUUGUGGAGACGGAGCAGGCUUAUGUCCGGGAUCUGAGGAGCAUCGUGGAGGAUUAUCUUGGCUGUAUCAUAGACAGUGGACAUCUGCCCCUCAAACCUGAGCAAGUGAGCACUUUGUUCUGCAACAUCGAAGACAUCUAUGAGUUCAACAGCAAGCUCCUGGAAGAGCUGGAGAGCAACAGCAGCGCCCAUGCCAUCGCUGAGUGCUUCGUGCAACGGAGUGAGGAAUUUGACAUCUACACCCUGUACUGCAUGAAUUACCCCAACUCUGUGUCGGUGCUGCGGGAGUGCAUGGAGAACCAGGUGCUGGCGGGGUUUUUCCGGGAGCGCCAGGCCACGCUGUGCCACUCCCUGCCCCUGGAGACCUACCUGCUGAAACCCGUCCAGAGGAUCCUCAAGUACCAUCUCCUGCUGCAGGAGCUGGCCCGGCACUGCGAGCGGAGCAGCGCGGGCUACGAGGUGGUGGAGGAAGCCACCAUCACCAUGACGGCCGUGGCCUGGUAUAUCAACGACAUGAAGCGCAAGCAGGAACACGCCGCCCGGCUGCAGGAGCUGCAGGGGCUGCUGGUGGACUGGAUGGGGCCGAAGCUAGAGGCCUUCGGGGAGCUGGUGCUGGAGGGGCAGUUCCGGGUACAGCGGGUGCGGCGGGAACGCUCCUUCUUCCUCUUCAGCAAGAUGCUGCUGGUCGCCAAGCGCCGCGGGCCGGCCUUCGUCUACAAGAGCCACAUCUUCUGCUGUAACCUGGCCCUGUUGGAGAGCCUCAAGGACCCUCUGAGCUUCAAGAUCUCGGAUCUCACCAUCCCCAAGCAGCAGCAUGUGGUGCAGGCCAGGAACCAGGAGGAGAAGCGGCUGUGGAUCCACUACCUGAAGCGCCUGAUCGUCGAGAACCACCCGGCGUCUAUCCCUCAGAAGGCCAAGCAAGUGCUGCUGGAGAACAGCUUCCAAAGCUCCCCGGAGAUCCGCUGCAGCCCAGAGCCCCUGAAGACGUCGGCCCCCUCUCCAAGGAUGGAGGACGCUUGGGGCUACCCCCGCGGCAGGCGGCAGUCAGAGCUGCCGGAGAGAGCCCGCAAAAGCUGCCCCGUCGCCCAGUUGGACGGCACCCCUCAGUACCGCCGUGGGCGCAGGCAGUCCGAGCCGGCCACUGAGCUGAGCCAGAUGGGACAGGAGCAGAAUGGUCGCUGUCGGGGACUCCCAGCCACCCCCAAAUUGAAGCAUGCGGGCAGUGAGGGGGAGCUGUUCCCCGCCCCGCUGCCCCUGGCGCCCUCGGGCAGCGUCUGCACCCUGGACUCCAGCGUGGCCGAGGAGUCAGACCCCGGUGAGGAUGCUGAGUCACGCCCGUUCUGCCUGGCUGAGGAGCCGCUGUCCAUCACUGAGGAGAUCCUGGAGCUGCUCAGCCAGAGGGGGCUGAGCAGGGACCUGGGGACAGAGGAGACUCCCUGGGGGCAGGGGGAGCAGCGCCCUGGGAGCCCCGCUCCACAGCCAGAGCAGGAUCCGCCUCCGGACCGAGCCGUGCUGGAAGAACGAGCCGAGGGAAGCGAAGUUCAGGAGGGAGACGCCACCGGGCGAGACGAGCCCCGCCGGGACAGCUUCGGCGUGAUGCAACCCCUCCCGCCGUGCCGUCCCCCCUGCAGCGAAUCGGAGGAGGAGCAGCAAAAGCAGGAGCGGGGCCCUUCCCCUCUUUGUGUCCUAGAAGACCUGGAUGCGGAGGAGGCUGCUGGCAAGCCAGAGGUCCUGGCAAGGGAUAACACUUUGCGUGCAGGGCUGGAAGCAUCCAGCGGGGAGCUGGGUGCCACCAAUGGGGCCUGCCCCCGGUACGGGGAUGGGGCAGCGCAGGACUCGCCGCUGGCCCGAGACGACCGGCUGCUGAUUGAGAAGAUCAAGUGCUACUACGAGGCGUGCGAGGCUGCCCCUGACCCCCCCGUUCGGGAGGGCGCCCUCUCCGCCCCCGCAGGUGUGGUGCAGGACUCUGUGCUCCACCUCAACCGCCUCCCCCAGCAGGAGGGCGCCACGGACCGUGAGGGAGGCAGGGCUUGUUGGGCCAAGGCCCGCCCUGCCCGCCAGGAGGAUGCUAGGAGGAGGUGGGGCCAGUUUCUUGACCAAAACACCAGCCCUCAUGGUGCCAACCAAGAGGAUUCUGGGAAGGGGGCGGGCCUGGCCUUUGAUCGGGGCACUCAAUUUGGCCCCAACCAAGAGGCCCAAGAGGAUGCUGGGAAGAGUCAGGGCCAGCCAAUCAACCCAGACAUCCAUGGCACCAACCAAGAGGAUGCUGGGAAGAGUCAGGGCCAGCCAGUCAACCCAGACAUCCAUGGCACCAACCAAGAGGAUGCUGGGAAGGGGCGUGGUCAAUUCAUCGACCAAAACACCCAAUCUGCCACCAACCAAGAGGAUGCUGGGAAGAGUCAGGGCCAGCCAAUCAACCCAGACAUCCAUGGCACCAACCAAGAGGAUGCUGGGAAGAGGCGGGGCCAGCUCAUUGACCAGGGCACUGAAGCUGGUGCCAACCAAGAGGAUGCUGGGAAGGGGCGGGGCCAGCCUGCCAGCCAUGCUGCCCUGCCCCCUGCCAGCCAGGAGCCCGAGUACAAGUCGUGUGCGGAGAUCCGGCGGGCCUGGCGGGAGAAAGAGCGAGGGGCAGCGGAUGCCCUGGGAGGGCGCACCCCCCUGAUGAAGCGAGGCAGCAAAGGGCCGGCGUCUGCCCGCGAGCCCCCACCGUUCCUGGAGCCCCUGUGGAUCGUGGAAGAGUCUGAUCUGGCCGCCCCACCCCGGCCGCCCCGCGGCGACGGGGUCCCUUGCGCCGAUGGUGUCCCGCCCGCCAGCUACGCCCCCCUGACAGGGCUGUACGAGGACGGUGCCCCUUGCCUGCUGGAGAACUCGGAGCGGAUCCUCAGUAAGGUGCAAGCCCUGGCGCGGAUGUACAGCGAGAAGAUCGGCCGGGCCAAGAUGGCCCGGAGGCCGCAGGAUGGGCCGCGCCGCCCGGCACCCAGCAAGAUGGGCACCCUGAAAAGCCUGUGGGAGGAGAUGCCAGGGCCCUGCCUCCCUCUCUGUGAGCCCCGGAUCUACGGCCACGUGCUCAUCCGCGAGCCCCCCCUGCACCUGAACUGCGUCCAGGAGAACCUGCUGCUGGUGGCCGCCACCCGAGGGAAUGCCCUGGAUCUGCACAGCGACCGGCCUCCACCUCUCCUGGCUUCCCAGUGCCUGGGUUCGGCCCCGGCAGAGGAGCCAGGACCCGCCUGGCAGGAGCUUCCUGCCCCGGCGGCUGUUCCGCCACCCCCACCGAUGGUGGAAUCGCCCCCGAAGCUCAGCGGGCAGCCCCCGAGCCCAGGCGAUCUGGCUGGCAAAGGCCCCGGCAUGGGCAGGUCUCAGCUGCCUGCUCCUGGCGCUACCGGUGGAACUGGCACGACGCCCGGAGCUGGGGACUUUGAGGGAGCCGGGUGCCCGUCGGUGCCAGGCUGCCAAGCCAGGCUGGCGGGGGCAGAGCUGGCGGCCUGCGGGCGCCGGGGUGAGACGAGCGCCCGGGAGGUUUCCGCGGAGACACCAGCCUCCUCUCCCUUCUCGGAAGUGACCCCGAGCCAGCAGGUGCCGGAGGUGGCCAGGCCGGUCCCAUCCACCUCCCCCAGCCCUGCGGAGGAACGUCAGUCUGAGUGUGUUGGCACGUCUGCCGAGCCUGACCUGCUGGGGCCAGGCCCCUCCAUCCCUGGCACCAGCUCCCAGGAGCCGGCGGGGGAGCAGAGCGGGCCUGCUGCCGUCCUGCUGCCCGAGGAGCGGGCCCUGGCUUUGGGCAGGGAUUCCCCGCCUGGCACGGAGGAGCUGCUGCCCCAGCCAUUGCCGGGGCCUGUCGGCUGCGGGACGGGAGAGGUGUCCCUGCCUGCCUCGCCGGACCCUGUCCUGCCGGCGGCACCCUCCGGUGCUGCGGGAUCCCCGUCUCCGCUCCACAGCAACGUCCUGCCACUGGUAGCUCUGCUGUCCCAGGGCACCCGGCUGCCUUCCCGGGCCACGGGGGUGGCACGCCCGUCCCCAGCUGCCCAGCCUGGCUGCUCCGCAGCCCGGCCGGCUCCCACUUCGCCCAGCUGCAGCCUGGAUUGCAGCCCCCUCCCGGCUCUGCCGCGCCUCCAGACCUCCUACCCGGCACACCGGCGCCUGUCCUCCAGCGCCGCGGCCAUUUCCAGGUACAUCGCUGCCUCCUGCAUCAGCCAGAGCCUGGCCAAGAGAAAUGGUGCCCCCUCGGGGCCACCUGGUACCCAGCCUCCUCCAGCUGAGACUCCGGCACCCACCAGGCCUCUGCCUGCUUGCUCAGCCGUCCCGAGACCGCCCCCCUGCCCCUUGGGGCCACCUGGCAUCCAGCCUCCGUUGGCAGAGACCCCAGCACCCACCAGGCCUCUGCCUCCUUGCUCAGCCAUCCCGAGACCGUCCCCCUGCCCCUUGGGGCCACCUGGCACCCAGCCUCCGUCAGCAGAGACCUUGGCACCCACCAAGCCUCUGCCUCCUUGCUCAGCCAUCCCGAGACCGCCCCCUGAACCCUUGGGCUCCAGAGCCCUAGCACUCCCAUCUGCUCCAUUCCCCAGUGAGAAGGCCAGCGCCUGGUCCCAUUGUACCAGCAAGCGGGACCCUUCCCAGCUCAGCGUCUGCCCUCUCCCCUGUGCCAGCCCCGGGUUGCCUUCUCCCCCGGGCUGUUGCCGCAAUUCCAGCUGGCUGGGGGAGCCCAUCCCCUUGACGCCCGGCUCAGCCGUGCUGCUGGCCUUCGACCGUCUCUCGGGGAUGUGCCUGGCGCCUCGAGCUAAGCAGCCCACCCCCUUCUCCUCUGCUUCAGAGCCCAGCUCCAGGGUCCAGUCUCCAGCACCAGCCUGCCCGCGGGUGUGCUCCCCCCCUCCCUCCAGCCAACGCCCUGCAGUGGGAAGAAAUGGCCGUGGCCCCCCACAGCCUUGCUCCUUCACCCCCUUGCACGUCCCCACCCAGCCUUCCACCCAACGCCUCUCCUCCCCCCUGCAGCCCACCUCCUACCCCUCCGCCACGUUACCUCAGCCAGGCAGGAGGCCGAGGGGAAACCCCGAGAGCCCCCCAUCCCUUAGGGAUGGAGACAGGGUGGGGUGCUGCUCCAGGGCGCCCUCUAGCAGCUCAGCCAGUCCCAGCCCCGACGAACUGGAUGGCAUCAAGUGGCCGGACAUCCCCGGCUUGUGUUCCAGGUACGCUGACCGGGCGGGCAGCAUGGGGCCGCCGGGCUUACCAGAGGAGUACCCCAAAGCGAGGGGGGACUUGGCUCGGGACAUGGGACCCCAUCGGGCCAGCUACUCCACCACCGUCAACAUCCAGAUCGGGGGCAGCGGCCGGAUCGCCUCUUUCAGCAACGCACAGGUCAGCCUCACCCACCCGCUGCUGGCGGCACCAGGGCAGCACAGCGCACGGCGGAUCAAUGGCAGCACCUUAGAGACCCCGCAGAAAACGUGACGGGCCACGUCGGGCAAGGGGUUUUACAGCCUGGCUCUGCAUGUACCCGGGACCAAUGGGACCAAUUUCUGGGGCUGGAUGGUAGGGGGGGAUGAAUUAUUACUGACCCACUGGGAUUGGCAGGGGUGGGGGCAGAUCCCCAGCUAGGGUAAUUUGGCCAAUUACUCUAUUGACACCAGCUGAGGGUCUGGGCCCAUUGACCCCACUGCAGUGAGGCCCAUUGAUACCAGCUGGGGGUCUGGGCCUAUUGACCUCAAUGGAAUGAGGUCCACUGAUACCAGCUGGGGAUCUGGGUCCAUUAACGGAGCGAUGCCCAUUGACCCCACUGUUUUGAGGCCCAUUGAUACCAGCUGGGGAUCUGGGCCCAUUGACCCCAAUGGAAUGAAGCCCAUUGAUGCCAGUUGUGGAUCUGGUUUCCUUGGGUGACUUUAGAAGCGCAGUGGGGUGGAUAAGGCCAGCUGAACUCAAGAGUCUGUCCGUGCAAUUAAGCAACUGUCCCUAGGCCUCCCAGGCCAGGAGGGAUCUGCGGGACCUGGUCUGUAAAAGCCGUGUGGCCCUAGCCGAUUGUGCUGGUCCCUGCCAGGUGGCCACGGCAUCCACAGGCCAACAUGCUAAGUGCUCUCCGCCCUGCAAGCCCCCCCUGAGGCGAACGGCAUUCGGUUCUGGCCUCUGGGUUGUUUUAACUGCCUAGCUCGUUCCUCGGCUGAUUGGACCUGGAUGGGGACCAAAGUGAGCGGUGCGGGUGUUUGUAAAGAGGAGUGGACACUAGGGGGACACACACGCACACAAAAGCCUAGCCAGCAGGGGGCAGGAUGCACACUGCACACACCCUUCAGCGUGCACAGUGCAGUACGGACAUACGCACACCUCUUUAGCCAGCACGGGGAUCUGCACGCACACCCGCCUAGCCAGAAGGGAGCAGUGCGGACCCACGCAGAACCAGCAGGGGGCAGUAGGAAUACACCCAACUAUUUUCCUGCUCCUUUUAAGUGUGAAAACCAAAGUGUCUUCCGGGCCAAAUCCUGGCGUCAGCCACGCUCUCCUUGAAGCAGCCCAGCAGAGCGAGGGCAGCAGGCCUGGGGAAAGCCAUUGUCCUGGUGCAGAGCUGCCAGCCCCGCCGCAUCUGUCCCCAUUAAGCUGUGUGGAGCCUGGCUCGGAUCGCUAGACCCAGGGGUCAGUUUCAGUCUUUGGACUCUGGUGCAUUGAGAUGCUGAGCUGUGGCAGCCACACGAGCCCUGGUGUGCCUUCACUCUGGUGUUUGGGCCUCCCCGGGCAGAAAUCCAGCUCCACACAAGUCCCUCUUAAACCUGUGUGAGUUGUUGCCCAGGGGUCGUAUUCCUAGUUCUGCUACAAACUCCUAGUGUGUGAUUGUGGUCUAGUCACUUAAUCUGCCCUGUGCCUCAUUUCCCCCCGGGGCGAUUGUGGACUCUUCGGGGCAGGGUGUGUUGCUUACUCUGGGCACGGUAUACAUCUCAAUUUUCCUGAGUGCUACUGUAAUUAAUCUAAUAGAAACUGAAACUACAGCUCUGGUGAGCUGAAGCUGGUGCAUGCCCUAAAAUAUGUAGGAAGUGGAAGUUGCUUUCUCUCCAAGGGAACCACAGAUGUGUCCUCAACCCACGCUUAAGAGAUGGCUCCAGGAUCUCACACAGCGUACUGGAAAUGUCAAGGCAGCCAAGUCCGUCUGUUUACGAGGCCUAAACGCACCUUAAACUCAGAAAAUUUUGCCCAUAAAAAUUGCAUUGGGAUAGUUGGGUAGAACUGGUUUUUAAAAAUAUUUGUAUCAGAUCAACAUUGAAAUCAUCAGCUCAAUGUCUGUUUAAACCAGCUGGGAAUCUGGCCCCAUUGACUCCGGUGGAACGACGCCCUGUUUAAAUUAGGUGGAUCUCCAGCUCUACAGAGUGGCAACUGGUCCAAAUUACUCCAGAAUGAUUUCCCCCCCCCCCCCAGGCCCAUAAAACCUGUAACUCAAAACCACUCCUCAGUUUCUUCCCAGCUUUCCCUGGAGCUGAGCUGCCAUGAGAGUCUAGUCUAUCUCGCUGAUGAAUUCAAGAUGCAAAUAACAGUUUGCUUAAAUAUUGCACAGCUAUAGUAAAAUCCCUCCAGAUGUAGCAAUCCUGGGUUGUGAUUUGGAUGAAACUUCUUGGAAUGUUCGAAUCCCUGCUUGUUUUCUUUGACAUUAACAAGGGGAAAUUGUGUGUGUUUGUGUGUGUGUGUUUCCUUUCCCUAAAAGAGGAAAUCAGGAACAGGGUGGCAAUAAAAUGAGAACAAUGAAAUAAAGAUCGGCUCCUUAGAAAAGCAGUACAGCUAUUUCUGUUUUUUUGCAAUGAGUUUUUCUCCUUCAUUUCUAAAGCUGGAUUGCACAAGGUGAUUUUAAAUUGGAGCAGCAGGUAGUUAAAGAGACUCUGGUAUUUAAUAUCGAGCCUUCCAGAUGGAACCAUUUAGCUACAUGUUUCUGCAAAUUAUUUCACAGCCCACCUAUGGGGGGGGGGGAAUCUCUCUAGGGUUAUUAGCUCCUUUACCGCCUGUAAUGUAUGAGCCUGCAUGUUUUCAUCCAUUUGAGAUUCAACUUUUUUCUCCUCUGACUGCUGGGGAACGCUCGCCUUGGGCAAUCUGUCCAAGAUGUCAAGGCCAGUUUUAAAAUGUCAUUAAUUUCCUUCUCUUGUAGCUUUUUUUUUUUUUUUUAAAGGCCAGAAGGCACCAUUCUGCCUUUCUGUAUAAUCCAGGCAGCCAGCCCGUCCUGGCCAUUCCUACGUCCAGCCCAUGUCUUCAGGCUGAGCUCGAGCCAAUCUUUAGCAAGAGGCACCCAGUCUUGAUCUAAAGAUUCUGAGAGAUGGAGAAUCUGCCCUGUCCCUUGGGGAACUUCUGCAAUGGUUAGCUCCUUGCCCUGUUACACUCUUGCUGCCCCCUCCCUGUUUCCAGUCUGAAUGUGUCUCACUUCAACUCCCUGCCUCUAGAUCUUGUUCUGCCUUUGCUCAAUUAUCAAGCCCUCCACUAUCAACCGUGUAGGUCCGACCGCCCUUUUUGACUCAAGCAGCUAGUCAAAGGUGGGGGCCCUGCAAUUGUUCCAGCUGGGAAGAGAAGUUGACGAUAGAAUCUGACACCUUUGAUGCAAUCGUGUUUGUUUGCAAGGGACCAUACAAAGUCCUGUUUCUCUGAAUACAGGCAGACCCAAAACAUGAGAGCUCGCUUCCUUACCCACAGCAGCACACAUCCUGUGGGUGUGUCUGUCUCUUUCUCUGCUUCUGUGUGUCUCCCUCUCUUUGUGCUGUUCCUCCAAGACACUUAUCCCAAAAUCUAUACUCUGCCAAACUCCCCUUCACCAAAGUCUUUUGAAUUCCUGAGUGGCUGUGGUUUGCUGUGGUCUUGGAGAAUGCUGUUGUAUCUUACGCUGAAGCUGAAUGAAGGACAGCUGCUAGCUCAUCCGUUUCAGGGGUUUUAACCCAACCUAGGGCAGUACUUCUAGCCCAACAUCACAUCGUCUCCAUGGUUAAUGAAAUCGACUGAGCUUCCCCAGCCCUCAGAUGGUCUCGUAGCUCCUCUUUGUUCAUAGACCUGACUCUGAUCUCGCUUCCACCUGGUUUACGUCAGAGGGGGCACCAGACUGGAGCUGAGCUGAGGCCCGUCUCGCCCGGUAUCCCAGCUCUGAGGGUGGCCAGCCCCAGGUGUUGCAAAGCAAGGUGUAAGAACCCUGCAGGGGCAGAUGGGGGAUAAGCUCCCCCCUCCCCGCCACAUUGGGAAUCGGUCUCAUCUCUGAUAGUCAGAGAUCAUCUUAAGCCCUGAAGUAGGGGGUUCUGUCUCCCUCAGCAUGGUUGUAAAUUGAGCCACUCCCCCAGGGUAUUAUUAUCAUUGACUGCGUUAGCGUAGCCCCUAGGACUAGGACACCCCCUCCCCCCAUGCCAAGCACUACAUGUUUUCACUGCUAUUAGGUGUAUUACGGUAGCACUCGGGUGCCCCAGUCAUGGCCCAGAUCCCAUUGCGCCAGAAGCUGUAUGUUUUUAUUAGCAUUAGUUAUGUUACAGUAGCACCCAGGAGCCCAGUCAUAAUCCAAGACCCCCACUGUGCCAGGUGCUGUACAUUUGUUUUGCUAUUAGGUGUAUUACGGUAACACUCAGGUGCCCAGUCAUGGCCCAGGACUGCAUUGUGCCAGGUGCUGUAUAUUUUUAUUGCUCUUAGGUGUAUUACAGUAGCACCUAGGUGCCCCGUCAUGGCCCAGGACACUGUUAUGUCAGGUGCUGUACAGACACAGAACUGUCCUACCUCCAGUGACUUCCUGUGGGGUGUUGUCCCAAUGCAGAAGGGUGAAUCUCAGCCCCGGGGAGGAAUUGUGGUGGAGGUGGCCCUUCCUUUCCCCACCCACGGGGGAACCCCCUUCCUACCCCAUCUGCUUUGCCCUGCUUUGUAGCUGGGCUGCAUGGUACGUAUUUUUCCAGUCUCAUCCCCCCAGCACAGCUUCUAUCCCUGCCACCCCUCGGCCAGUUCUUUCCUGGUGUCGUUUUUGCUUGUCCUCAGAGCCAUCCAGCGAAUCAACCGAUUUAUUUGAUGUGGCCUCCAAAUAACACCCCACCCCUGCAAAUGGAAAAACCGCAAGAUAGGAACAUCAUGAUAGUGCAAAACUGGCAUUAGGUCUAGUGUGGCAUUCAGACCAGUGGGUCGGCGGCCAGCUUGCUGGGCUUCUCUUCCCGGGUCUGGGCAGGAACGCGCUCUGCUGGUUAGGGAGGGAGCCAGGACUCCUGGGUUCCACUCUCAGGUCCGGCUUGACGUGUGGUCUAGGGGUGAGAGCCACGACUCCUGGGAUCCAUUCCCAGGUCUGGGUCGGUGUGUGAUCUAUCGGGAGAGCAAGGGGGCCAGGACUCCUGGGUUCCUGUACUAGUUCUAGGAGAGAGUAAAGAUCAACAGUUAGUGGAGGGAGACCAGGACUCCUGGGUUCUAUUCUCAGCUGUGUCACGCCCUCCUGAGGCAGGCCCUCAGUGCCCUCCUGGGCUGAGGUGACCCCCUGAGCUGUGACGAGGAGGGGGAGGGUGACACAGGAGGUCGGUGGACAUUUGUGUGUGACCGGCGGGUGUGAGGGAGCAGGACGGGGGUGAGUGGUAGGUGCUGAGGGCUGUGAAAUUGAGAGGAGAUGAGGGAUCAAGCUAUCCAGGUAUUUGUAUGCUCCUAUGCUGCCCAUCACCAUGGCCUCUGAGCCCCUCCCAAGCGCUAAUGGAUUGCUCCUGCCAACGUCGCCUCAGAUUUCCCCAAUGCCCUUCAAUCCAGUGGAGCAUGGCUUAGCGGUGAGAGCAAAGCAGUAGGAGCCAGAACGCCUGGGUUCUUUUCCCAGCUCAAGGUAGCUAGAGCUAGUGGUUAGAGCAAGCCAGGACUCCUGGGUCCUUCGUAAACUCUAGGUAGGCAGUGGCAUCUAGUGGUUAGAGCAGGGGUGGGGGGACUGGGAGCAGGUUACAUGGGUUCUACCCCCAACUUUGGGAAAGGAGUGUGUUGCUUCCCGUCAGUGGUUAGAGCAGGAGGGACCAGGCGCCAGGAUCAGGCCUCCAGUAACGUUGUCUCCAUCCAAAUCGUGGGACAGCCACUUGUGACCAAAAAUGAACCUUUACGCUUUCCUCUGGGCCAGCAGCCGCCUCGGCUCAGACCCCUGCUCGCCAGAGCUUUUGUGAUUUUCAAACAGCUUUGUCCGUUAUUUAUGCUGUCACAGUCACCUUUAACGCCCCAGGGUUUUUAGUUCCUCUGGCUUCUUGUGAAGUUUGCCUUGUAAAUCCAUUGGCGCUGGUUAGGAUCUGAUGUUAUGUUACCGGUCUGGUGGAUUGGUUUACGGCCCCUGUAUCGUACGUACAACUUGGCUGGACGUGUUUGUUCUUUUUACUUCUGGUUUGUUUUGUUUUUGUUUUUUUAUUAAAGUUAAUUUUGGAAGAGAAAAAAUAUUGCCAGCCGUAAAUAAACAGUGAUGUUUUCAGUGA